AUGAGUACCGUUAUGGAUGAAAGUAAAAUAGAGAUUCAAGCCAACAAAGAAAAUGAAUGCAUCGAAAAGGUCUAUGAUGGAGCAAACGAGAACAUUUCCAAUGAGACCAACGCAAAUGAAAAUGAUGAAACCUGCGUGAACAGUGGCAGCAAUGAAAUUAGCAACGAUCUCAGCAAUGCAAACGGGGAUGCAAACGGGGAUGCAAACGAGGAUGCAAAUGGGGAUACAAACGAGAAUGCAAAUGGAAACGCAAACGAGAAUGUAAACGAAAACAAGAUCGAAAGUGAAGAGAACAAAAGCAGCAAUCGGUGGGCGGACAUGUGUGAAGACUACGAUGCUCCUCUAGUUGACACAUACAAUGACGACAACGACAUGAAACAGAAAACCAUGGACAGCAAUUUUAACGACAUGAAUAACAGCAUGAGACAAAAUUAUUUUAUGUCAGCCAAAAAUGAUAUGAACAACUUUGCACCGAUUUAUGAAGUAUAUAUUAGAAAUCUACACAUUGAUAUAACCAAGGAAGAAAUUUACAACAUGUUUGAGGGGUAUCGCAUAAGAAGAGUAAACAUAUUAAACAGAAAAGGAAAAACAGCAGCUGCAUACGUAGAAUUUGAUAAUGUAGAUGAUAUGAACAGAUCCCUGGAAUUAAAUGGAAAGAUGAUUUAUUCUGGAAAUAAUACAUUUGAACAAGGAACAAUAUCUGUUAUAAUUAAUAAAGACAAAAUGAAAAAUUUUCAUACGAACCCAAAACAGAAUAAAUAUAAGAAAAUUGUUGGAAGGAAUAAUAAUAAUAAUAAUAAUAGCUUUUCUAAUUUACGACAGGGAAAUAAUAAUAUGAAUAAUUUAAUGAGCAAUUACAACACAGGUGGUAAUUCAGGAAAUAACAACAUGAACAGCAAUAAUAAUAACAUUUUUGCAAUGAAUAAUAAUAUGUACUAUAAUGAAAAUAACAAAAAUAUGAAAAUGGAUAUGAAAGGAAAUACUAUUAUGAAUAGUAAUAACAGCAUGAAUUCCACUUUUAAUAACUACACACAUAUGAAAUUUAAUUAUAUGAAUAAUAACAAUGCUAAUAGCAGUAGUAGUAUGCACAUGAACCAAGUAAAUAAUAAUAACACGAACAUGUUAAAUGAAAAAAUGAAUAAUAAUCAUGCUGGAGGAUUCCCUUUUAAAAAUAUGAACUACCAAAGUAGUAAUAAUAAUAACAAUAUUAAUAAAAAUAUGAACAAUGAAAAUAAUGCCAAUGCUUCUACUGGGACAGAACAAAGAAAGAAAUUAGUUUUAAAGAAAAGAUCUGUACCACUUGAUCAAAAUAAUUACGUUAUCAAUCCGAACAUAUUUGGAGAAGCCAAACCAGUUGACACGAAUCCUGAUAAAAUAUUAAGUGACAAUAUUUCCAAGGGAAAAGAAACAAAUGACAAGGGCGCAGAAGAUGAAGAGAGGAAAAAACAGGAAAAUCAGCAAGAUGAAGAAACACAACAGAAAAGGGUAAUCGACAUGAACAAUGAAAAUGAUGUUAAUAUUGGAAAUGAGCUCAACAACAACAGCAGUAACACUACUGGUAGCGGAAAUAAAAAUGUUUUUAAUUACAAGAAAAAUAUGAACACAUCAAGGAACUUCAACUAUAAUGAUAAUUUUCAAAACAAUAAUAACAGCAGUGUGAAAAAUUCCAGCACGAAAAAGAUAUUCAUGAUGAAUAAAAAUAAUCAAAAUAACGCGAACAGUAAUAACAUAAAAAAGAAUAUGAACAAUUUUGAUAAUAACCAAAGCUCUGGCCGAAAUAUGGGUAAUAAUAAUAUGAACAAUAUAGGAGGAAAUACAAAUAUGAAUAAUCUGAGUAAUAAUGACAUGAACAAUAAUUAUGGAAACACAAAACGGAUCAACAUGAAUAAUAAAAACUUUAGAAAUGUUGAUAUGAAUAAUAGAAAUUCAAGUCCAUUUAGUAGUAAUGUUAAUAAUAUGAAUUCUGAAGACAACAAAAAAGGGAUAAAUUUAAGCGGAAUGCAUACUCAUAAAGUGUUCGAGAACAAAAUGUACGUUUCAGGAAAUGUAGAUGUAGAAACAGCAGAAGGGGCAGCAGCAGCAGCAGCAGGAGGAGGAGGGAACACAUCCACAGUACACGAUUUGAAAAACGCAAAUUACAUGAAUAGUAACAAUGCCCAUGGCAACAAUGACACGAAGGAUAUAUUUGGAAAUUUUAGAAAUAGUAAUUUUAAAAUGGACAAGAGAAAUCACGACUCACCCUUUUCCAGUGGAAAACAGAAAGAAUUAAACAUCCUCAACAAAAGUGAUAAGGCACAUAUCAAAAAUAUAAUUAUUAAAAACAUAAAGAGGGAAGAUGGAGUCAAUUCUAAUUACGCGUACGGUAACAAUAAUAAUAUGAAUAAUAAUAGCAACAGUAACAAUAAUAAUAUUAACAAUAAUAAUAAUAAUAACAAUGGCAGUAUUGGUGAUAAUGUUGGAGGCUACAGAAACAACAGUGGAAACAGCCCCACCUUUCGAAACAACGAUUCUGGGUUCAAUUUCAGAGGAGGGAAAAGUGGUGGUGCACCCAUUGGAAGCUCAAAAAUGAACAUAGACAAUAAUGCUGCAGGUGGAAAGGAUAACUUUAUGAAUUUAAAAAGAAUGAAUGAUUCGAAUUUCAAGAAAAAUGAAGAACCAUUUGAAAAUAUGAACAGAAGUGCAAACAGAAACACAAACAGAAAUAAUAGUAGUACCUCUUAUGGAAAUUCACCCGUGGUACAUGGAACAAACAAUAAUACAAAUUUUAUGACGAACAACACAGGAGGAGGGGGUGGGGGAAGUGGAGGUACAAAUCAAAAUGUAAAUACAAGCAAUAAUCGAACUGCAGGAACAACUACUGGUGAUAAUUACAAUGCUAGUGCAGGAGAAACUUCAUAUAAUUACAACAUUGAGAAUUUAUAUGAUAGCUCUUUGAAAUAUGUUAAGAAUGCGAAUAAUUCUAGUAAGGCAAAAAAAAUUACUUCUGUGAAAACUGUGAAAGUUAUUGCAACAGAGAAAAAAAAUGAUGACGAUAAUAAUUCCCAAGAUUUAAAAGAAAAAAAUGGAAAAGACGAUACAAAUAAUGAAGUACCAGGAGAAGAUCAUAACAAUAAUUCAGGAAGCAACAACAGCAGCAAUAUUCACAACAAGGGUUAUGAAAAAAAUGGAAAGGAAGAUAAAUUUAAUGAUGAUAAGAAAAUAGGAAAUUACGAUGAUUCGAUACGUAGUAAUGAUAAUUACACUUACGAAUCUGAUAGCUCAGAUAAUUGCAAAGAUAUUACUACUACAAAUUUAAAAUCAACUUUACUUCAUACCAAAACGAAAAAAAGAGUUAAGAAAAAACCAGCAGCAGCAGCAGAAGAAGGUGCAGGAGGAGGAGAACAAAAUAAUAUAAACAAUGCAAAUGAGGAAAAUAACCAAAAUGCAUCAGGAGGAGCAGCAAAUAAUAAAAGCCAAAAAAUCGAUAUUUUGAUAAAGCCCAAUUUGAAAAAAGGAGAAAAUAUUUGGGAAGCUAGAACCCACUUGUUGGAUGAACAGAAGGAAAAUAAUAUGAACAAUGACAAGGAUUCUCAUUACAGCUCAAGAAGAAGUAGAUCCCCAUCGAAUAAACUUAGCCGUGGUAGUAGUCGUCGCAGGGAGGGAAGUAGAAGGAGAGAUAGUAGUGGUCGGAGAAGGGAGAGUAGUAGCAGAAGGAGAGAUGACAGUAGAAGAAGAGAUAGGUAUGGAAGGAGGUAUGACAGACGAGAUGAUAGAAGAGAUGAACGACGAGACGAUAGAAGGGAUGAACGACGAGACGAUAGAAGGGAUGAACGACGAGACGAUAGAAGGGAUGACAGACGAGAUGAUAGAAGAAGUGACAGACGAGAUGAUAGAAGGGAUGAACGACGAGACGAUAGAAGGGAUGAAAAACGAGACGAAAGACGAGACGAAAGACGAGACGAUAGAAGGGAUGAACGACGAGAUGAAAGACGAGAAAGUAGUCGUAGAGGAGAAAGCCGAAAGGAAGAAAGAAAAGAUAGCAUCAGCAGUAGCGUAGAGAAAAAGGAAGAUCACAAAAAGGAUGAACAGAAGGAAGAUUCUUAUGAUUACAGAAAGCAAAACAGAAAUUAUGACAAAUACAAUAGUAGAAGCAAUCACUAUGAUAGAAAGAGAAAUAGUAAAUAUAGUUCGUCCGAUAAAAGAAGUUAUGACAUGAAAAGCUACGUUUCAGAUGAUAAAAGAAGACAUGGUGGAGAUUCAUAUGACAAGGGCAAUUACAAAGAUGCAUAUGAUAAGGGCAACUACAAAGAUGGAUAUGAUAAAGGCAACUACAAAGAUGGAUAUGAUAAAGGCAACUACAAAGAUUCUUGCGACAGGGCAGGGAAUUACAGAAAUUCACACGAUCGUAUAAGCUAUAAAGAUAGUUAUGAAAAGGGUAUUAAAGAUGGCUAUAGAGAUAACUUCGAUAGAAAUGGAAAUUAUGUUGAGUAUGAUAAAAUGGAUAACAAGUAUUACUCGAACAAUUAUAAUUCUAUGAGACAUAAAAAUUACAAGCAUCACAAUCCUCAUGGAAAAAUGAAUAAUUAUAAUUACUCAAAUAAUUACAAAUCAGCACAUUAUUACAAAUAUCCAACAAAAGGAGGAGGAGGAGCAGGUGGAAACUACUAUCGGGAUAAUAAAAAUGCAACUAAAUCAAAUGAGAAAGAGAAAACUGAACCCAAGGUAGAUAUCCAAGCAAUUCCAAAAAAAGCCAUUGUAACAACUGUUAAGACAAAUAACGUUUCUAUUAAGAAGAAUCGAUAUGAAUGUCUGGAUGAUGGUGAUGAAAGCGACAAAUAG